UCCAAAUAUCCGUGAGAACUGAGAGCCCAAUCUCUACACUUCUGUACUUCUUACCUUUCUUCUUCUUCUUCUUCUUGGAUUGCAAACAUAUCAAAGAUAGAUGGGCAGCCAAACCCAUUUAGUCGGAGACCGCUCAAGGACAACCUGGACGCCAGCAAUGGAGCGCUAUUUUAUUGACCUGAUGCUAGAUCAGGUGCAUAGGGGAAAUAGGAUGGGCCACACCUUCAACAAACAAGCAUGGAAUGACAUGUUGGUCAUGUUCAAUUCCAGUUUCAGAUCUCCAUAUGAUGUAAAUGUGUUGAAAAGUCAUUAUACGAGCUUAUGGAAGCAAUUUAGCGAUGUGAAGAAUCUCCUUGAUCAGAAUGGAUUUUCGUGGGACAGCACUCGGAAAAUGGUGGUUGCUGAAAGAUGCGUCUGGGAUGGCUACACCAAGGCUCACCCAGAUGCGCAAUACUACAGGAACAAAGCUUUACUGAACUUCAAUGAUUUGUGCUUGAUAUAUGCACAUACAACUGCAGAUGGACGAUAUAGCCUUUCAAGUCAUGAUAUAGACUUUGAUGAUGACUUCCAAUCAUUAAAUGUCGUGCUUGAAGUGAACAAUCUUGUUCCUGCAACUAAUGAGCAAGUAAAAACAGAUUGGACACUAGCCAUGGACCGUUAUUUUAUCAAACUUUUGCUUGGUCAACUGAGAAAAGGCAGUAAGGUUAACGAUACCUUUACAAGACAAGCUUGGAAAGAUAUCCUUACUUCGUUCAAUGCAAAAUUCGGUUUUCAAUAUGGGAUUAAAAUAUUGAGACAGCGUUAUAAGAAAUUGUUCAAGUAUUAUACCAAUGUAAGGAGCCUACUGGAGGAAAACGAAUUCAUUUGGGAUGAAAGACAACAAAGGAUAGUGGCCGAUGAUGUUGUUUGGGAAAAUUACAUCAAGGCACAUCCAGAUGCACGCUCCUACAGGAAGAAGUCCUUGCUAAACUACCAUGAUUUGAGCUUAAUAUAUGGCACUGCAAUGAGCAAUGGAGUUCGUUGUCACUUGCAGAGGGGGAAAGACUAUGAAGAUGACGUCUUACAAUACACAACUGGUGAAGAGAGGGAAAGGCAUUCGUUUGCAGUUGAUUCUCACAUUGCUCACAGCGAGGAUUUUGACGGUGAAGAUCCAGAUUUGAUGAUUGAUGGGGAAGAGAUUCAGAGCGUUGUAAAUGGUGAGAUAAAUUGGACUCCUUCAAUGGACCGUUGCCUCAUUGAUAUCAUGCUGGAGCAAGUGCAUAAAAUGAACAAGAUUGAUUGCUCUAUUGAUGACCAAGCAUGGAUAGAUAUGGUGGCAUUGUUCAAGGACAGAUUUGGAUUACAGCAUGACAAAGAUGUGUUGAGGAGUCGCGCUAAAAGGUUGGAGAAGCAGUACCUUGAUAUGAAAGAUCUUCUUGACCAGCGCGGUUUCUGGUGGGAUGAAAUGGAGCAAAUGAUCACAGCGUGUGAUGAUGUUUGGGAUGCUUAUAUUGAGGAUCACCCAGGUGCAGAGUUGUACAGAUUCAGAUCCAAUCCAAACUACAAUGAUCUGUGCUUAAUUUAUGGAAGUUCAGCUUCUAAUGGACAGUUUAGCCAAUCAGGUCGAUAUAUUAGCUGCAAUGGUGGAGGAGCUAACGUUUACAAUAAUCAUCGCUGGAGAACUGAUUGGACACCACAAAUGGAUCGACAUUUCAUUGAUCUAAUGCUCGAGCAAGUUCGCAAUGGAAGUAUGGCUAACCAUAAAUUUAAUAAAUUAGCUUGGACUGACAUGGUUACAAAAUUCAGUGCAGAAUUUGGUUCUCAGCAUGAUAAAGAUGUUUUGAAAAGUCGUUUUCUAAAUUUGAGGAAACGAUUCAAUGACAUGAAAGCUCUGCUUGACCAGAGUGGGUUUGCUUGGGAUGAAAUGCAACAAAGGAUAACAGCUGAUGAUGAACUCUGGGAUGCUUAUGUCAAGGAGUACCCUGAUGCAAGAUCAUACAGAAAUAGAACUUUCCCAAAUUUCAAUGAUUUGUUCUUGAUAUAUGGAAAUACAAACAACAUAAAAGAGGAGGAUUAUUCAAGUCACUCCAUAGCCUCUGAGGACGAUGACGUAGAAGUAAAUAUUGGUUUGUUUCUCUUGUUUUCUGGUUCUGUGUGUGUCUCCCCUUGUCUUCGUUUUUAUGCGUGUAGAGCUCAUUUGUGGUAAUAUGCAUAAACAGACGAAAUUGCUAUCACUUGAUUAGGUCUUAGGAAUAGGAUACCCGAGCAUGCAUGAUUAGGGCCUUUCAAAAACUGCAUUGGCAUGAGUUAUUAUAGAGAUUAUAAUUAUAUUGUUGCUUGUGAUGUUUGAGGAAGGUGUCGUGCAAACUGGUAAAUAAUAAUAUUAUGAAGAUGCAAUGGUGUUGUAUUGAUUUUCUGGGUGUUUAAUUGUUCCCUUGAAACUGUUACGAAUAAUAUAUGUAUACCAAAUAAUUGUGACGGCAUAUGUAUUUUUAUGAGAUUUAACAACAUAUUGAUCCUAUUUAGUUCUUUAGUUUACAAAUAUCAGAUUU